CAGGUUCUGACCCCACCCUGUGUCCCCGCAGGUGCUCCCGGCCGGACCGACCCAGCCGCAAGGUGGACCUGCCUCUCGUGCCCGGAGGGGGACGAUGCCGGCUUGUCUGUAGCGAUGGUCAGCGGUUCAGCGCGGCUGAAGCUCAGCGAAUGAGACUAUGGGCUGUGCCUCCGCCAAGCAUGUGGCCACCGUUCAGAACGACGAGGAGGCCCAGAAGGGGAAGAGCUUCCAGAACGGAGACGUGUUCGGCGAUGAGUACAGAAUCAAGCCAGUGGAGGAGGUCAAGUACAUGAAGAACGGGGCCGAGGAGGAGCAGAAGGUAGCGGCCAGGAACCAGGAGAACCUGGAGAAAAGCGCCAGCUCAAACGUAAGACUCAAAACGAACAAAGAGGUCCCGGGAUUAGUCCACCAGCCCCGAGCAAACAUGCACAUCUCGGAGAGCCAGCAGGAGUUCUUCCGGAUGCUGGAUGAGAAGAUCGAGAAGGGUCGCGAUUACUGUUCGGAAGAGGAGGACGUCACAUAGCACCGGCCACGCCGCCCGGACCGGGAGCAGCGACUACUGUGUAAAUAGGUUGCACCCCGUGGAAAUCUGUGCAGAGAUCGGUUCUCUCCGGCAAACAGCAUUAUAGCAAAAGGAGACCGCUCCGUGUCGUCCGCCCCGUCAGACUUCGGUGUCCCCUCGCGGACUUGCAGGGACACUGCUCCACACACGGCGCCCACCGCUGCCCGGCUUCCCUCCUUGCUGCUAGCUCACGCUCACGCGCGCGGCUCCUCCCGCGUGCAGCUCCGCCCGGCCGCUGCGGGGCGCGCGCUCUCCUGCGGGUGAGGCCGCCGCGCCCCCAGCACACUUCUCCCCCUCUGGCUCCGCUCCCCAGGCAAGCGUCGCCCUCCUGCCCGCCGCCACUCGCCCCUCCUCCCCGUCUGCGAGUGGGCUGGGACAGCGGAGCUGGAGCCGGGCUUCUCCCGGCAGUGCUGGGGUUAGGCCGGGGCCUGGUUGCCGGGUGAGCCCCGCGUCUGCCCGGGAGAAGCGGAGAAACUGCCUUGGGUGAAAGGCGCGUGGGACAUGGCUCCUGCAGGCGGCCCGGGGGCGGGCAGCCAGCGUCCCUCGGCCGGGCGUCUGGGCCCAGGCCGCAGCCCGCAGCCGCCGGGGGCUCCACCUGGACGCACGCAGAUGGCCGUGUGAUCACAAUCACUUUGAACCCCCGUCCUCACUUUUUUUUUCUAAGAAAAUAAACAUUUUACUGUUUGUAUGUA